AUGGCUGCAGAAAUCGUGAUGAACACCACUAUCCCGGCUCACCCGUAUUUCCCUACGGAGGCUUUACUUCCAGGCUACGUUGCCAACACGUUCGGCGCGCAUGCUCUGCGUGGGAUGUUUGCCGCCGGGGCAACCGCCAUUCUCGCGCCCACGUACCGCAUCAUCAAGAGAACAAGCCCAAACCUCCGGAAUGGCGAAGUUGCCACGGCACUUUGGUUCACUCUCAGCGCCUUUAUUCACCUCUUCUUCGAAGGCUACUUCUCCUACAACCAAUCCCGCAUGCCGGCCUCCCUCCACAUCUUCGGCCAGCUCUGGAAGGAGUACUCUCUCUCAGACUCUCGAUAUCUGACCCAAGACUCCUUCAUCGUCUGCAUGGAGACCAUCACGGCCUUCUGUUGGGGUCCGCUGUCCUUUGCGUGCGCCUACUUUAUCGUCACCGGCCAUCCCCUCCGCCACCCACUGCAAAUCAUUAUCAGCCUCGGACAGCUCUACGGCGACGUUUUGUACUUUGCUACGUGCUCCUUUGAUAAGCUGGUUGACAAAAUGAUUUACUGCCGGCCUGAAGACUUUUACUUUUGGUGUUAUUAUAUCUUCUUCAACGCCUUUUGGAUCAUUAUCCCCUUUUAUCUCAUUGUCAAGAGCUGCGCGGAGACAAAACAAGUCUUCAUCAAGGUUGCAGAGUUGGAGAAGAGGUCUUUGAAGAAGGAUAUAUAG